GGAAGUGGUCUAGUCGGGCGCAUGCGCAGUGUGGAAGGCAGCGCUAGCGGUGCAGAGCAUCACAAGCGCGAGGAGUUUCUGCAGCUUUAUUUAUUCAAGACUGUUAAUUUGUGUGUUUAUGAGUCUACAUAAUGGCCGGAAUUAAAGCUCUCAUCAGCCUGUCGUUCGGAGGAGCGAUCGGCCUCAUGUUCCUCAUGCUGGGCUGCGCUCUGCCCGUCUACAAUGAGUACUGGCCUCUGUUCCUGCUCUUCUUCUACAUCCUCUGCCCGAUCCCGUACUGCAUCUCCCGGCGUGUGGUGGACGACUCCGACUCGGCUAGUAAUGCCUGUAAAGAGCUGGCCAUCUUCCUGACCACGGGGAUCGUCGUGUCGGCCUUCGGGCUGCCCGUCAUCUUCGCCCGUGCCGCUGUGAUCAAGUGGGGCGCGUGUGCGCUCGUCCUGACGGGGAACAUCGUGAUCUUCGCCACCAUCCUGGGCUUCUUCCUGGUGUUCGGCUCCAACGACGACUUCAGCUGGCAGCAGUGGUGAAGCUCAUCUCGCCUCGUUAUCUGUUACUGACAUCACUCUCGUAUUUAUAACGCCGCCCACUCAUAGAUGCAGGAAAUCAGUGCAAUAAUUUUGUUCAUUUUAGAUCCUUCUGACAUUCUGGAUUGUUGAGUUUCGUGCACGACUGAAUUCAGGUGGUCGAACGAACACUGGUGACGUCAGAUUGUUUCGUCCGAGCGGAAACUUUCAGCUUUACGACUCUGGUGUGUUUUCUGUUCCCAGCUUUCUUUUUAUUCACGACUUAUUUAUUUGUUCCUGUGUCGCAUUAAACGUGAGAUUGUAGAUGAAGCUCGUCAUGUUCACGUCGAUUCGAAUGAUUCUGUUAGUGUUUGUUUUUUGCGCUUGGCAUCGUGAGAUUUCCCAGACAUGUUUCUUUGGAAAAAGCAACAAGAAAGGAAGUGUUUAUCUGCAAACUAUGAAACUCAGAUCAUGUUUGAUUUAAAAGCAUGUAGACUAGCUCAGAUUCAUCAUUUAAGGUAAAAAAGAAAGACUUUCUGAGCAAGUGUUUAAAGUCAACAUGGACUCAAAUGACACAUUUCUGCUCUUUUUGGCAAUGGUUCAUCUGUGCAUGUUAUUAAAUAAAAAAAAGUUGGCCUUCGUAAUCUUUAAUCAAAAUGUAAUACUUUUUAAGGCAAGACACCCCAAGUGAAUGGGGGGGAAAUGAAUAGAUAUCACCAUACUUCCAAAACUUGAUUACAUUAACAAUUA